UGCAAGUCCUAAAAAGAUAUAACAGAUAUAUUUCAAAUUUGAUACCUCUCGCUGCAGGAUCUAAUUAAAGUGGGCCCAAUACAUGACGAUCCAAAAUUUAAUCACAAAUUGCUAAGAAGAUCCAAAGAGAAGAAUGCAUUUAUUGAUGGAAUAUUAAAAUUGUUUCAUUCACGAUUAGUCACAAUCAAAGAGAUCGGUGUUCCUUCUUUGAAAUCAUCGGGCAAUUCGACUACAUAAUAUGAUUUGCUAAUAGCCUUCAGAGUGCAGCCAGAACAUUUUCUAUUAAUCAUAAAAAGCAUUACGUAAAGUGAUAAUGAAUCUCAUCGAAAUAGUAUUCUCUUGAUAAGAAGAUUUCCGUUAGUUUUCCAUUGCAAUUAUUGCUGGCUCUCCAAUCCAAUUACAAGAAAUAAGA